AAUCGCGUUAGUCGAUCUCGUCCCGUCUCGCGAUGUUCGCGUCGUCUUCUUGAUGGUGCGUAAUUUUCAAUAUCAAGAUAAUUACGACGUGCGAUUGCUCGCGAGUGUUAUCACGAAAAUUGAAAGCAUCUAAUAAAACGUGCAUUAGCAUAUUUUACUAAUCCUACGGGGUGCGCUUUUCGCGAAGCAAGAUUUAUAAGACUCAUGCAUGUAGUGCCUCGGCUUAAAUAGAAAUAUUGUUUUCGACAUUUUCAAACGUUGUGUGGCAAUAUUGACAGUUCCUCGUGAUCGUAUAAAUAUACCGAAGUAUCAAAGUGAAUAUAAAACUAACUGCGAGAGAGUGACUGUACUGGGUGAUAAGUGACAGGAAAAAUGAUUCUUGAACGACUUAUUCAUUUGUUUACACAAUAUACAUCGGUUAAAUACAGACGUAUGCGUCGUAAAUCAGGUGAGGACGCAAAAUCCGAAGAUCCGAGUCCGGCAGAUUUCGAACGGGCAAUUAUAGCAACAGGUUAUGGAAAAUUUAAUUACUUGUUGCUUCUGGCGGUGCUCCCGGCCAGUUUCUCCAGUAUUUUCUCGUCAUCGGUAAUGUCCUACGUGCUACCGUCUGCCGAAUGCGAUCUCCAGCUAACCAUGGUUGACAAAGGACUGCUGAACUCGAUGGCGUUCGCAGGAAUGAUUAGCACGGCGUUUUUCUGGGGUUGCAUGGCCGACAUGUUCGGUCGUAAAAAAUUAAUGUUCUACGGUUAUUUGGUUACCGGUUUAAUAAGUCUGGCGACGUGUUUUGCACACACCUCCUGGCUUUUAAUAAUAUUCAAAUUUCUCGACGGCGUCAUCAUAUCUGGCCCAUAUGCAGCGCUUAUGUCGUACUUGGCGGAGAUACAUAACGAAGUCCAUCGAUCGCGCGCAUACAUGUGGCUUGGCGCGUUCUUCUCGCUUGGAAACAUUUCCCUACCAUGUAUAGCAUGGCUCAUACUACCUCAAAAGUGGGAAAUUACAUUUUUCAGCCAAAUUAUAAAAAUACAUUCGUGGAGAGUGUUCUUAGCGAUCUGUUCGUUACCAGAAUUUCUAGCAUGCGCCGCUCUUCUCGCUUUCCCAGAAAGUCCGCGCUUUCUUAUCCUGAAAGGUCGACACGAUGAAGCGUUGAAUGUCUUUAAAAAAAUCUACUCAAUCAAUACCGGAAAAGAUCCUGACACAUAUCCAAUAAAAUCUCUCGAGGAUGAAUAUUCCAUAAAAUCUUCCGGGGAAUGUAUGCAGGACAAGAUGCGUAAUUGCUUAAAGCAGAUGAAACCUCUCUUUUUGCCACCCAAUAUUUUCAAAUUAAUACUUAUAUCGACGAUACAACUGGGAGCAACGAUAGGAUCGAAUUCGCUGCGCCUUUGGAUGCCACAGCUGUUUGCGAUGAUCGAAAGUUACAAGAGCACUCUUAUGAAGGACGACGAUCACGUGUCAGGUCUGCAACCUUCAUUUUGUUAUAUGUUAGGUCAAGAAAAAUCAUAUCUUAAUUCCACUCGAUACGUCAAUGAAACAAGUAACAGCACAGUUGCAUGCGUUCCGGCGGAGUUGAAUUCUCGAGUCUUUAUUAACUCCAUUGUCAUUGCCGUUACAGGCGUAAUUGGUUAUACUCUGGCUGGUAAUUUAAUUACCAUAAUUGGAAAAAAGAAAUUGAUGGCAAUUUGUUUUCUCUCCGCUGCUGCCUGUUGUGGUUCGCUUUAUUGGGCCGAAAGUACGAACGGUAUUCUCGGAUUAUCUUCGGUAUUCGUUGCUAUGUCGAGUAUAGGUGGUGCGACUGUUACUAAUGUUAUCGUUGACAAUUUUCCUACAUGUCUAAGAACCAUGGCAGUCAGCAUAACUAUGAUGAUGGGAAGAAUAGGCGCAGUGAUAGGCAAUUUAUUGUUUCCCGUUUUAUUCAAUUUAUCAUGCCUAGGACCAUUCAUUAUGAUUGGUUCAGCUUGUUUUGUGUCUGCAUUUUUGGUCGGUGCGCUACCCCGUAAGAAAAAGGAUGAGGACAAAGCAAAGACUAUUGCUUAAAUCUUUUGCAGAUGUAUCUUGUAUCUAGGUUUCUUUCUUUAUCGUAGUAUCAAUAUGUAAAUAUAUUUUUGUUGUUAUAUGUUUUAAUAACUAUCGUUAUUUAUUAUUUUAUAUAUCCAUAUGUGAACAAUAUUUUCCAUCAUAUAGAUAAAAAUGCUUACAUACGUCUGUAAGCCUUAUUUAUUCCCACCUACUGUAAUUUAUAAUAUCUGUAUUUUAUAUAUAGUAUAUAUAAUGUAGUGAAUAAAUUAUAUACUCGCACAAUGUAUAUAUGAAAAAUGUAUUUUUAAAGAACUCAGCGUCAUUAAAUACAUCAGAAUCGAGAUUUCAA